ACCAAAGAAGGAAGAGGCCACUCGCAUUGAGAAAUUUAGACUGAUAUGGUUGGUCAAUGUCGGUUUCAAUUUUUUUACAAUGGUUGCAACGAGUAGGCUGGUACAGAUAGCACAUUCGGUUAUACAAGAUACUCAAACAUUCGAUAGGCCGAACAAUAAAAAAAAGAAUCAGAACCUAAUUUUUCUGCAAUCAAGAGUCGGAUCUCGGUUUAUCUAUCCCUACUAAUAAAGCACCGACGGCUUCUGCCAUACGUCACGGCGUUUUUGCAAAAACGCCCUUGUACUAUUCUAUAAUUAAACCCGCAGUCCCCCAGCCGCCUUCAUCUCCCGCACCCACGAGCAGCCCCUGAUCUGCUCCCCGCGCCGCCGACCCGUUCCUCCCGCCGGUCGCCGUCCCCGAUCCACGCCGGAUCCCGCCGCCGGCGAGCUGCCGAAGCCGUCGCCCCCAGCCAUGCCUCCUGCGGAGCUCCGCCAGAUCCGGAGCGCCGCCCCCGCGAGCAGCCGCGCCGCCCUGCCUCGUGCGCCUCCCCGCUCUCCCUGCCUCUCCUUGCGCCGCCGCCUCGCGCUGCCGCAGCGCGCGCCAGCACCCGCCCCCGCCGCGCGCCUCGCGUGCCAGUCCCUCCAAACGCCGCAGCCGCCUGCUCACCGAGCACCUCCGCCCCGUCGCGCCCUGGAUAGGAUCCAGAUCGGGCUCGCCCUCUACGGCCUCGUCUGGCUCCAGCCGCUCAUCGGCUUCCUCCGGCCCAGCACAGUGAGGCGUCUCAACCCUCAAGGCGAGCGCGGCAAAGCCGUGGCUGCGGAGGUAGUUCGGCUCGACACGAGGCCGGAUGUGGAGGCGGAGCGAAGCGACGGCGGCUCAGCGGCGAGUGGAGAUGGAGGCGGACUGAAGCGACGGCGACUCAGCGGCGAGUGGAGGUGGAGCGAAGCGAUGGCUGGCAGAGAUGGCGAGGCGCCAGCGGCGGCUUAACCCGGCGGGGUUGCAGGGCAGCGCAUGGAGGUUGCUUGAGGCAUACGCACGCGCAGGGCGAGGUAAGACGCCGAGGUGGAGCUGGGAUGGAGCGAGGCCGGCUCAAGGCGCGGUGAUGCUGGCGUCGAGGUGCACGGCAAAGAGGCGUUGGGCGAGGCGGGAGCGGCGGCCACAAUGGAGGCCGACUCGGCGAGCGGGCGAGACGGGAGCAGCGGAAUUGCAGGAUAAUGCUGGACACUGUCGGAUAAAAAAAACAUACGCUGCAGGUUCAGCAGGUCAUAGAAUGAGAAUGGGAGCUCCUUCAUGCCACUAAA